CCUUGGCUAUAAAAUCUUGGGUCUCUAGCUUCGCAAACCCUCUUGUUCCUCCAGCUAUUGUUGCUCUCCUCUUAUCGUAUUCUUAGCAGGUGGAGUAGCCGCCGAGGAACUCAGCAACUCUGAAAAGAUGAUUGUGUAUCAGGAUCUUCUUACCGGUGAUGAGCUUCUCUCGGAUUCAUUUCCGUACACAGAGAUUCACAAUGGAGUGCUAUGGGAAGUGGCGGGAAAGUGGGUUGUUCAAGGAGCGGUUGAUGUUAACAUUGGUGCUAACCCUUCCGCCGAAGGCGGUGGAGACGAUGAGGGUGUAGAUGACCAGGCAGUCAAGGUUGUUGAUAUUGUUGAUACAUUCCGUCUCCAGGAGCAACCUUCGUUUGACAAGAAGCAAUUUGUUACAUACAUAAAGAGAUACAUCAAGUUGCUAACACCAAAGUUGGAAGGUGAGAAGCAAGAGGAGUUCAAGAAGAACAUUGAGGGUGCAACUAAGUUCCUUCUUUCGAAGCUGAGUGACCUCCAAUUUUUUGUCGGUGAGAGUAUGCAUGAUGAUGGCAGUUUGGUCUUUGCAUACUACAAGGAUGGUGCAACUGACCCAACAUUUUUGUACUUUGCCCAUGGGUUGAAGGAGGUCAAGUGUUAAGAAAGUGGAAAUGUUUCAUCCACAUUGAAGUGGAGUUGCUCGCUGUAGUUUUAGUUUUUAAGUUUUUAUAAUGGUCCUUUUUAGUUUUUAAGUUUUUACAAUGGUCCUUUUUUCUUAAAAGCAUACAGUAUUGUUGGGGUAUCAUCUGAAGAACAACUUAAAUUUGUUUUUCCUUUUAUGUCGGUGUUAGUUGUUUGGUUUAUAAAUAAAUUUAUUCUUUUGUGUC